AAAAGUGAAAUGUCCUGCAUUGUGGAAACGUUUUGCUCUAAAGUGUCUAGUUUGGAAUUGUUGUCCAUUCUGGAGAGCAGUCAAAGAGAAGGUGAAAUUGGUGAUUUUGGAUCCGUUUGUUGAACUCUUUAUCACAGUUUGCAUUAUCUUGAACACCUUAUUCAUGGCUAUGGAGCACCCUGGCAUGUUACCAGAAACCAGAGCAAUGAUUACUAUAAGUGACCAGGUCUUCACCCUGAUUUUUACACUAGAGAUGAUCUUGAAAAUCAUUGCUCUAGAUCCUUAUUACUAUUUUCAGAACAAGUGGAAUGUUUUUGAUAGCUUGGUUGUUUUGAUUGGUCUACUGAGUUUUGGAACCAAUCUGUCACCUUUCAGGGCGAUCAGGAUCUUCAAAUUGGCAAAGUCCUGGCCAGCCUUAAAUACUCUUAUGAGAAUAAUUCUAAACUCAUUUGGUGCUCUGAGUAACCUCACUCUGGUUUUGGCUAUCACUGUGUUUAUUUUUGCUAUAGUAGGAAUGCAGUUUUUGGGCAGUGAUUAUGAAAAAAAAUUCCAUAAAAUAAGCACCAGUAAGGAUUUACGCUGGCAUAUGAAGGAUUUCAAUCAUUCAGUCCUGAUUGUAUUCCGAAUAUUAUGUGGAGAAUGGAUUGAAAUGAUGUGGGAAUGUAUGGAAGUGGCUGGAAAACAGAAAUGUAUUAUCAUUUUCUUGCUAGUCCUGGUGAUAGGAAACCUGGUG